UGUGCGUUUGUGAGGCGACCGGGUAUCGUGUGUGCAUCCCAUCACACAUAUAAAACGAAUUAGAUACUAUUUUCCAUCGAAUAGUCAACAUACCUGAAAGUUUUAUUUUAAUUAAUUAAAAAAAAAAUAAUUAUUUAUAUUGAAAAAAGCGUUUGAAAAAAGUUCAAUAAAAAGUGAAAGUGAAUUGUAAAAUAAAUUUUGAAUUUUUUAGAUAUACUAUCGUCAGGCAUCCUGGGGUAGCUUGACGGUACAAGAAUUUUUCGGAAGAACGUAUAUAGACGGCGUGAGGUUGAUAACCAAUAAUUAGUUAUAGAGUGGUGGAUAAAUAGAAGCAUAAAGUAGCCCUGAAAGAAUCUACUGGACAACCGAGUCGUGGUUGGUGAUCUUGGUCGUCGUCGUCGUUGUCGGUCGUUGCUGGCUGGUGCCGCCGCAGUCCCUUGGUCCCUCUUCUCUCAUGUCGGCGGCGCUGUAGUGCGAAAUUAAAAUGGCGGUGUUCCGUUGAGCGAGGUCGGAGGCAAGCACUCAGACUACUCAGACGCUCGUAGAACACACGACUGUAAACUACGCGUGGACAUUAUUAAGUACCACGAGUUAUAUCUUUUAAAAACGAUGCUCGCGGCAAACACGUGAAUUUUAAACAGUAAGUUUAUACAUAGUUUUUUUGGUUACUGUUUCUUUAAUAAUAACAAAUAGUAAGUUUAACAAUAAAUAAUAAACGCGUGUGUUUAAUAACAAAGAGGAGAGUAGUUAAAGGCGGCGAGUUUUAUAGUUGUAGUUGUAGUAGUACUAGUAGUAGUAGCAAAGUAACCCAGAGGAGUAAAGCCAAGUGAUUUUGGUUGUGCGCGGGUCGCAAGACUACUGUGUUGUUAAUAAUAAUAAUAAUAAUAAUAAUAAAUAAACAUUAUUGUUUGUUUAUUUAAUUCAUUAUUUAUUUAUUUAUUUAUUUACUUUGUCACUAAGUUUGAUAAAUAUUUUGAAAAAUUUUAAUUAAAUAUUUGAUAUAUUUUAUAAAAUAUAAUUAACUAGUGUGGAAAAGUGCUCGGACGACAGUACAACGUCGACGGGUAGUGGGCAAUUAGUAUUUACAAUAAAUGGAGUACAGUAUUUAGUGUUGUAAGAUAUACAUAAUACACAAUACGCUGGCGGUUGAUAUCAUACGGCUGUACUCUCGAUGUGCCUCAAACAAACACGAUGGAGUGUGACACAGUCAAGUGUUGACUCUUAUUAAACGUUUAUUUCUUAUUUUCUCUCUUUUUUUAUUCUACUGGAUAACCUGCGUUCCUUUUCUCGCUAAACUGUAUACAUAGUAUAAAUACGGAGUAGUAUUUGUAACUGUUUUUGUUUUUUUUUUUUUUUGCAGCCUCGUGUUAUUAUUUUUUUUAUUUUUUAAACCUGAAGAGAGUCGGAGAAGUGGCCGGUACCUCUGACUGUGAGUGCCGCGGUCGUGAGGUGAUACGUGUCACCGGGAAGAAGACGCGUGAAAACUUUAAACAAAUACUGGUUGUUAAAGUUGCUGCUGCUGUUGCUGUUACUACUACUGUUGGUGCUGAUGCCGUUGCUGAAGAGUGUAAAAAGUGCGGUAAUUAUAAUAACAGUAGUUUAAAAAAAAAGAUAAAAAGACGACGACGAAGACGAGAAAGAAGAAGAAGAAGUAUAAGGGCUGAUACCCCAUGCCAAUGCCGGCGGAAUACCACGAGAGCCACGGGAACCACGAGAGCGCAAAUUUCGGGCUCGCGGCUACCGCCGCACAGGACGCCAGCAACAUGACGGCCAACAUGUAUCGGGUGGGAGACUAUGUGUACUUUGAAACGUCAUCGACGUCUCCUUAUCAAAUACGGAGGAUAGAAGAAUUGAACAAGACGGCCAGCGGUAAUGUGGAAGCAAAAGUGAUGUGCUUCUUCAGGCGGAGGGAUUUACCUUCGACCUUGAUUAUGCUUGCAGACAAGCACCAGUUGGCGAGCGUGGAGCAGCAGAGGUCUGAAUCCCCUGCGAGCACGCAGAGUCAAAAACUUGAGAAUCCAGAUCUAACUAAGGAAAUGACUAGUAAAGAUAGUGGAAUCGGACAUAAAGUGAUGAACAAAGGUCCUGGUAAAGGUGGAUGGCUUAAAGCGCCACUUUCAGAGGCACAUGAGCCUCAUGGGAUGGAGGAAGGCGUUGCCAGUGCAGGCGGCGUUGCCGAAUUAAGUUCAAAGCAACGUCACCAAAUGAAACACCGGGAGCUGUUUCUAUCGCGGCAAGUCGAAACGAUGCCCGCCACCCACAUCAGAGGGAAGUGCUGCGUGACACUACUCAACGAGACUGAGUCCCUGCUGAGCUAUCUCAACAAAGAGGAUUCAUUCUUCUACUGUUUAGUAUUUGACCCAGCUCAGCGUACCUUACUCGCCGAUAAAGGUGAAAUAAGAGUCGGGAGUAGAUAUCAGGCUGAUUCAAUCGUACCGACUGUUUUAACGUCUGCUGAAAAAGAAGCAGAUCCACGUAGACUGCAAGAUUUAGAGACGCUUGUGUGGACGCCUCGACACUCGUUGACGGAUCGUCAAAUCGAUCAAUUUCUUGUGGUCAGUAGAUCUGUGGGAACCUUUGCCCGAGCACUUGAUUGCUCUUCCUCUGUAAAACAACCGUCGUUACACAUGUCUGCGGCUGCUGCCUCUCGAGACAUUACCCUUUUCCACGCGAUGGAUACACUACAUCGACACAACUACGAUAUCGCAAAAGCAAUGUCGUCAUUAGUGCCCAGCACAGGGCCCGUCUUGUGUAGAGACGAAAUGGAAGAAUGGAGCGCAUCUGAAGCAAAUUUAUUUGAAGAAGCGCUUGACAAAUAUGGAAAAGACUUUUCGGAUAUACGCCAAGAUUUUCUACCGUGGAAAACACUUAAAAAUGUUAUUGAAUAUUACUAUAUGUGGAAAACGACAGAUCGCUAUGUCCAGCAAAAGAGAGUCAAAGCUGUUGAGGCUGAAAGUAAACUUAAACAAGUUUAUAUACCAAACUACAAUAAAACACCGGCCAGUACGCCUACGGGGACGACUAUUUUACCUUUGAGUAAUAGCAAUAAUAGUAAUGGAAAAGGUGUUAGUGUUCUCAAUGGAAGUAGUAAUGGUAACAUCACCGGUGACAACAGUGGGAUUUUGAUGAUGGGAGUCGGUGGUAAACCUUGUGAAAGCUGUCAAAGCACUCAAAGUUCACAGUGGUACGCCUGGGGACCAUCGCACAUGCAGUGCCGAUUAUGUCAGUCCUGUUGGUCAUAUUGGAAAAAAUACGGUGGAUUAAAGGUUCCAUCGCGUAUCGAUGACUCUGAUUCGGACAGAAAACGGAGUAACGCCGGCUCGGACGAAGAAAGUAAAGGGAUGAGUGGCGCUCACCGACCUCACCGAUGUAGUAUCCCAUCCUGUGGCAAAGAAUUUAAACUUAAAGCCCACCUAAGCCGUCAUUACGCCAGUGCUCACGGAGUGGACUUACGUGGUAGCGGUGCCAUAGGUAUCGGCGGUGGUAGCGGAUCACCACGACCUGUCAUGAAGACACGCUCGGCGUUUUACCUGCGUACAUCGGCAUUAGCGCGUGCAGCCCGAAGACUUUGCGCCGCGCAAUUGCGCACCCGUCACGCUGCGCGUGCUCCACAUCAACCAGUAAAUGCGGCGCCGUUGCGACACCUCUGUGCAUCACCGCAACUUGCCACAAAGAGUGCCGCUGAAUUGAAACUGUUGGCACGCGCUGUGAGACCACGGCCACGUCCGCGUGUCACUGACAUUGCCACGAGACUGGGAGAUCAUCCCGUACCCCGACAACCCGGCGAUUGGGAUUGGCUUAUUCUCACCUCACCCGCACAGCGUAAACAACCUGACCGUGUUUCGUUUCCAAGACCACCUAAAGCACCUGAUGGUAGCCUUUUGUACGAAAGAGUCCCAAAUAAACCAGAAGUUGACAGACUACCGCCCACGCCACCUCAACCACAGCCACCAAUCCAGCCACAACAGACUAUAUUGAAACGUAGCAGGCCAGCAUUUGAAGAAAUAAACGGGUCAGAUGGUAUUGCCCUGAAUGCAGGGCUACCAGGUGCUCCACCACCAGCGAAACGUGCCCACCACUCGCAGCAGUUACAUCCUAAACAUGUACUGGAGCAUACACCUCAGACAAUCGUUCCUUUGGCACCGCCGCUCAAUGGAAGAGCUAUGCAUCCGCAUACAUUUCCUCACGGAGUCGCAAUAUCUAGGAGUAAUGCACGUAAACAAGUUAUGACAUGGUCAGACGCUCCCGAUGAUGUUUAUUUCCGGGCAACUGAUCUUACUAAAAGACAGAGGAGAUCCUUGUCUUCAGUGGAGCUACGAAGAGCUGCACGCAAACCAUGGCGUAAAUUGUCAGUUCCAGUUUAUCCCCAAAGGGCGCCUACGACGCGCAAUGACGAUUCACGUAUGGUCGUUAUACUUGACUGAAUAAAAUAAAAAAACAAACAAGGGAAAUAUAAUAUAUAUAAAUACUAUAUAUAUAUAUAUAUAAAUAUAAAUAUUAUAAAUAUACUAUAAACUUUUUUUUACAAGCGGGCUAUCCAUGUAUCAGUCAGUCGAUGAUAAUUAGGAUCAGGUCAUAAGUUUUAAAUUAAAGUUGAAAUAAAUGUAAUUCUUGAGAAAUAAAUAGCCGGUGAUUGUUGCCGAUAAGAAUCUCAAAGAUAAAAA